AUAUGUAUUCAGUACUCUUACUCAUUCAUCUAUUCCAAGAACAGGGACUAAUUCCAGUAGUAAAGGAUAUCAUGCCAGGUGCACAUCAUAGAUUCUGCGCCAUGCAUAUCUAUCAGAACUUUCAAAAACAAUGGCCAGACUUGAAAAUGAAGGCUGCAAUGUGGGCAUGCACAAAGGCUACUACACCACAAGAAUUUGAAGUUGCAAUGGGGAGGGUCAAGAGAAUAAACUAGCACGCUUGGGAGUAUCUUAACAAAAUUUCACCGCAACAGUGGUCAAGGUAUCACUUCAGUGAGUACCCUAAGGUGGACUUCUAUACAAAUAACAACUGCGAGAUAUUCAAUGGCAAAAUUAAAAAGAUGCGAGGAAAGCCAAUUAUUACAAUGUUAGAGGAAGUGAGAGGUUAUGUCAUGAGGAUUUUGGCAAGAAACAAGAAGGCACUUGUCGGAUAUCAUGGUAGAAUAACCCCUGUACAACAAAGCCGUUUGGAAAGGAAGAAAAAAGAGAGCAACUAUUGGAGGCCCUUUCCAUCCGGUGAUGAAGAUGGGAAUGUCUAUGAGGUUCAAAGAUUACCUGUGAAGGUGAGUGUAGACUUGGGGAGAAGGACCUGUUCAUGCAGUUUAUGGCUGCUUACUGGACUUCCAUGUAGGCAUGCCUGUGCUGCCAUUGCAUACCAAAAUUGCAGGGCCGAGGACUUUGCUCACAACUGGCUUACUAUGAGAGCAUACAACCUAGCAUAUCAGUGGACAGUUCAACCUGUCCCAAGCCAAGAAUACUGGGAGAAGGUAAAUCACUAUCCAUUGUUGCCUCCUGUGUAUAGGAAACCUAUUGGGAGACCUACUAAAAAGAGAGACAGUCGUAGAGAUGGUCCGAGAGAGAAUCCUGAUCCCCAUAGAGCAAAGAGGAGAUAUGACCCCAUUAAAUGUAAAUAUUGUCUGAAGACUGGUCAUAACAGCAGAGGAUGUGACAAGAAGAAAGAAGCUAUGGCUAGCGGAAGAGCUGCAGCAGGUAGUGGUAGUCAGCAUCAGGGUGCAGCAACAAUAACUGAAGGUAUGGCUGUUGAUGAUCUUGAUGAGGAUGCUGCCAGAGAGCAAGAGAUGUAUUGGAAAGAGACUUUAGAGGUAGCAGAUGCUGAAGCAUCAGCUUCAGAUUCACCCAAUGUGAAUGUUGAUGAUCUGAACUGUGUGAAUCCUUCUGAAGAACCUAUGGCAAUAAGACCUCCACCUUCUAACUCCUCAACUGCAUAUAUACCACCUAGACCUAUCAUGAAUCCAACCAUGUCCAAUAGACCAAUUAGGAGGAGAAACGUUAAGAGGCCACCACCAUCACAACCUUCUCCCCUCAGACCUCCCCCACCAUAACCUACUCCCAUAACGCCUACCACACCAC